GUGGAUCCCGCUGCACAACCAACAAGAACGCAGCAAGUGGUUUCUGGAUGGUAAGUGAACAAUAAAACAGUUGUCUUUUCCAGCAGCCAUUGUACAGCAGCAAAACCAGGUGACCAAACGCACUGGAGUUCAGCGUGGGUUGCUAGUCAACAGGCUGGUGUUUAAUUGAAUGAGAUAAAAGGCAACAGCGUUGGAAGUAGUUUCUUUCUGCUUGUUUAUCCACAAGGCAGCCAUACUGGAUUUUAACUUUCAGUUUUUGGGGUUCCUCCAAAUGUAAACCAAUAAAUUUAUGUAUUACACAAAAACAUAAUGCAAUACAAAAUAAAAAUGUUCUGUAGAACGUUCUUCCAUUUACAUCAAAUAUAUAAACGCCUAAAGUAGUUCUUGUUGAUCAAAUUAAUUUUACUGAUGCUGAAGGGUACAGCUGAAGGACACUUAAGAAUAACGUCAUCAUGGAUUAUUACACACCGCCAUACUGUCAGUCAAUAACAUCCAACAUAAACAACAUGCAUGCAACAAAUUCAAAUGCAGCAAUUCAUUACAACCAAGUUUCUCAAUGUUUUUCAACACUGAAUCGCAAAUAAAACUUUUUCUCCCAAAUUAAACUCCCUCCAAAUCAUUCGCCAUGCUGACGUGAUGCUAAAAGGGAAACCCAGUGACUGUUUCCCCUUCGCUUUGUUAUCAAUGCCCAGUAUUGAUCUUCCCUUCGCUUCCUGUCAGCUAUUGCGUGGCAUUGAUUGGCUUCCAAUGUUGGUGUGCUGCAGGGCAGUCCUAUGCUCUGAGCCAGCCAAGCUGGGAGGUCCAACAUCGACAACCGCAGUCACACAGCGCUAGCAAGAAGAGCGCUAGUUUCGCCCAAACAUGGAUCCAGAACAAAACACUUUGGAGCACGACGAGGGAUCCUACCAGUGAUGGUUAAAACAGGCUAAGUUUCUGGAUCAAAUCAGGUGAGGUUUAGGUUUGGCCCGAUGACGGGCGAGGAUCUGGCCGUCAGGAUGGAGCUGCUCAGCCCGCCGCAGGCAAAGGAACGGUCUCAGAACGUCACAGAGAAGGUCACGCAGGUGCUUUCUUUGGAGUCGGACGUUCUGCCAGAAUACAAACUCCAGGUUCCGGAAACAACAUGGUGGAUCCUGCUCCAUUACAGCCCCUUCAAGGCCUUUUGGGACUGGAUCAUUCUGCUGCUGGUCCUCUACACGGCCGUUUUCACCCCGUACUCAGCCGCCUUCCUGUUGGACGAACACGGCAACCUGCGGCAAAGACGAUGCGGCUACACGUGUAACCCUCUGAACGUGACCGACCUCCUGGUGGACGUGCUCUUCAUCGUGGACAUAAUCAUCAACUUCCGCACCACGUAUGUGGACCACAAUGACGUCGUCGUCACUCAGCCGAGCCGGAUAGCAAAGCAUUACAUCAAGGGCUGGUUUCCGAUCGACAUGCUAGCAGCGACGCCCUUUGACCUUCUCAUUUUCAGAUCUGGGUCUGACGAGAUGGCAACCUUAACCAGCCUGCUCAAAACGGCUCGGCUGCUGCGGCUGGUCCGUGUGGCCCGAAAGCUGGACCGAUACUCCGAAUACGGCGCCGCCGUCCUCUUCUUGCUCAUGUGCACCUUUGUGCUCAUCGCCCACUGGCUCGCCUGCAUCUGGUACGCCAUCGGCUUCGUGGAGAGGCCGUACACGGAGACCGGCUGGCUGGACAACCUGGCUGAACAACUGGGGAAGGCGUACAACGAAAGCGACUCCACCUCUGGGCCGUCGGUGAAGGACAAAUACGUGACGGCUCUGUACUUCACCUUGAGCAGCUUGACGAGCGUCGGGUUUGGGAACGUCUCGCCAAACACAAACUCCGAGAAGAUUUUCUCCAUCUGCGUCAUGGUCAUUGGCUCCCUCAUGUACGCCAGCAUAUUCGGAAACGUGUCGGCGAUCAUCCAGAGGCUUUACUCCGGCACGACCCGCUACCACACCCAAAUGCUGCGGGUCAAAGAGUUCAUCCGCUUCCACCAGAUUCCUGGCGGCCUGCGCCAGCGGCUGGAGGAGUACUUCCAGCACGCCUGGUCUUACACCAACGGCAUAGACAUGAAUGCUGUGAGUAAAGCAAAGGUGCUGAAGGGGUUUCCAGAGUCGCUGCAGGCAGACAUCUGCUUGCACCUCAAUCGCUCUUUGCUGCAGAACUGCAAGGCUUUCCAUGGAGGCAGUCAAGCUUGUCUGCGGACGUUAGCUAUGAGGAUCAAAACGGUCCACGCUCCUCCAGGAGACACGCUCAUCCACUAUGGAGACUUCCUGGACUCCCUCUUCUUCAUCUCCCGUGGCUCCAUCCAAGUCAUGAGGGAUUAUGUUGUUGUGGGUUUAUUAGAAAAGAACGACAUAUUCGGCGAGCCUAUCCACCUGUACGACGAACCGGGACGGUCCAACGCAGACGUGUGCACCAUCACCUACUGCGACCUGCACCGCAUCCCCAGGGAAGACCUGCUAGAUGUGCUUGACAUGUACCCAAGCUUUGCUGACAACUUCUGGAGGAACCUGGAGAUCACCUACGACCUGCGAGACACUGAUCAAAUGCCGCCAGUAAUAACCAAUGAAUCUGGGGACGACGGUGAAAAUCGCCACAAAGCGCGGCACCGAAUCCACCCCCUCGACUGCAGAAUAAGACCAGAUGGAAUCGACCACGAAGACUCGUUCCCCCACCAGUCCUGCCACUGUUCGCCGCCCCAGGAUGGCUGGGACGACCUCUGGAGCUCCUCCUGUUCCCAGUCCAGCGAGGAUCUGUCGAAGCCUCCCACUCAAACCACCAGACCGGUCCUCUUCCCCACUGACGAUCCCAGACCGGUCCUCUUCCCCACUGACGAUCCCAGACCGGUCCUCUUCCCCACUGACGAUCCCAGACCGGUCCUCUUCCCCACUGACGAUCCCAGACCGGUCCUCUUCCCCACUGACGAUCCCAGACCGGGCCCCGUUCCCACUGACGAUCCCAGACCGGGCCCCUUCCCCACUGCGGCCCCACAGCUGCCCCAGAGCGGAGCCUCGGUGGGGAGGGACACGGAGCUGAACCAGGGCCACCAAGCUUCCUCGUUGAAUCUGCCGGGAAUGUAUCGAUACUGGCCAGAUCAACAGCAGUUGUCCAGUCAGGUUUUACAAUCUCCUUCCACCGGUAACCCAAACCCGCCUCUGAUCCCAGAGGAAAGGCCCAGUGAGCUCGAGACGCGACUCGAAGUCCUGCAGUCACAGCUCCACAGGCUGGAAACUCGAAUGACGGCUGACAUCAAUGUUAUCCUCCAGCUGCUGCAGAGGCAGAUGGCUCCAGUUCCCCCAGCUUAUGGCACCGUGUCCCCCAGUAUGCUUCCCAUUGACUCCUCUGCCCUGUAUGGGACUGGGACUCCAGUACUGGACAGCAUACACCCAGUUUCCCCAGUUCGGAUGGACUGCAGGGCUUCCAAACAGAGUUUGGACCAGAUGGAUCUGAAAUCCUCCAAGAAGUCCCAGGAGUCGUUAUCCAGCGGGAUCCACAUGACUGCAGCCUCCGACGACACGAUGUCCACGACUGUCACCCCCGACACGGACACUCACGCCGGGUUCACCCCCAAGUUACCGCAGCAACUGCCCAGAUCCACCCUGGAACCCAACAUGAGCCUGUGUGAGACGGUCCGCUUCCCGUCUUUGCCAGUGAACCUGGACCUGACCUCAGAACCCGCUGAGAUCCAGAAACACACCUCAGACCCGGCGCUGCCCGUCUUCACCUGACCGGCCGUCUUCACCUGGACAGAAU